GCCCCUUUCCCCGGGCUUCUCUCUUGCUCUUUCUCUCGGGAAGCUCCUGGACGUGAGCGGAGCUUCUGUGGUCCGCUUCUCCUUGCCUGCGCAGAGCCAGGAUGUCGUUCCGCUUCGGCUUCUACCGGAACACCACCACCCGGGAGCGCGUGGAGCGCCCCCAGGAGCGCCCCGUGGAGAUGGCCCCCGUGGGGCUCCCGCCUCGCAGCCUGCUGGACCACCUGGUGUGCGAGAUGCAGAACCACCUGGACGAGAUGGAGCGGAUGCGGCAGGUGCUGGCCGACGCCUACCCGCGCCUCUCCUCCUCGAGCGACCUGCGCCCGGCCGUCAAGGGCUCCUCGUCCCAGGAGGAGGAGAGCGACGACGGCGGGAGGAGCCUGUGCUACUGCCUGGACCUGCCGGGCUUCCUCCCGGAGGAGGUGUCCGUCAAGGUGGACGGGAGGAGAGUCUUCGCCACGGGCAAGCAGGACCGCCGCGGGAAAGGGCAGGACGGCUGCGUCUCGCACGAGCUCCGCGAGAUGCGCAAGGAGAUGCUGCUGCCGUCGGACGCCGACCCGUCGGGCAUGAGCUGCUGCUUCUUCCCCGACGAAGGCCGCCUCCGCAUCCAGACCCCGAGGGUCACUUCGGCUCCUCUGGCCGAGAAGAGGAGCGUCGCCAUCGCCAUCUGCAGGGUCGAGAACACCAACACCAACGCCAUCCCUCCGGCUGAUUGCAAAGAGGAGGCUCCGGCCAGCCCGGAGAAAGAAGCCCCUGCUGCCAAGUGAGAGCCAAGAAAGCCCGCCACCCCUUAGUCUACACUGCAAGGGUGUUGUUCCGCUUUGGGACACAGUUUUACGCGCGCCUUUUUUGCCCGUCGCGCGCCGCGGUUGGGUUUUGCGCACCGUUGCGCAAUUGUUUUUGGAGACUUUGGUUCGAGUUUCUUGGGAGUUUUUGGAGGCAUUUCCAAGGCAAACUUCUCUCCCCAUUCUCCAGGUGUUGGACGCUAACUCCCACCAUUCCUAGCAGCCGGUAGGCUGCUAGGAAUGGUGGGAGUUUGAGUCCGAAACACCCGGAGGGCUCAAUAGCUUUUGGAGACCUUUUGGUUCGAGUUUCUUGGGAUUUUUUGGAGGCAUUUCCAAGGCAAACUUAUCCCCCCCAUUCUCCAGGUGUUGGACUCUAAUUCCCACCAUUCCUAGCUGCUAGGAAUGGUGGGAGUUUGAGUCCAAAACACCCGGAGGGCGAAAUAGCUUUGGAGACCUUUUAGUUCGAGUUUUUGGAGACCUUUUGGUGGGAGUUUUUGGGGACCUUAAAAGACCACCUUAUGAUACGAAUCCUUGGAAAAGUUUUAGAGACUUUGACUUUUUGGAGUGAUACCUUCCAAAGCCCAGAGACACUCAGCCAUCUUAAGUUUGAAGCGCAUUAUAUACUGUCAAGUGUCACUCCACUAUCAAAUGGGAACAUAGAUCCAGCCCAAAGAAAGACAGUAUGGUUCCGGUUCCUUCUGUGUCUGAUGAAUUUUUGGAGGGACUUUACAAGAAGAUGCCGAAGAGAGUCCAACCUGUGCCUGACAAAAAACUUUGGCAAAUGGGGGAAAAGUCAAGGAAAUGUGUGCCUAAUGAAUUGCAAAGAGUUCUUGGUUUUGUCUGUUUCAAUAAAAGUUGGUUUUCGGAGCAUACUA